GCUAGUUGCGUGCCGUCCGUAAUGGGCAGCUCGGAAGGCGCAGUUUGCCCUGAGCCCAAUUUGUUGUGUCGAGAUGCGGAGUUUCUACCCGGGGUGGCGACGUAAACACGGCUUGGGCUCCACGCCCGGAGAUACUGGCAUCACACUAUAAAGGGACAUAACCCCGUUCUCCUCACUCUGUUCUCGCUAGACUGUCUGGAACCAGAAUCGGUCAAUGUUACUGACCCGUGUUGUAGCGCCACACAACGACAGACAAGAUGAAUCCUGCCUUCGUCCUUCUCAUUCUUCUACCCGCUGCAGCGCUGGGCAUGAACUGCACCGGUCAGCCAGACGGUAACUACGAGAUCGGGUGUCGCUCCUACUCCAUCUGCACGGGCGGGAAGACCACCAUCAUCACGUGCGACAUGGAGAUGGCCUAUAACCAAGACACCGGCAAAUGUGACGAUGUGACCAACAUCCCCCCGCCCUGUGGCAUCAAGAAGGACUGCUCCAAUGCCAAGGACGGCCGUUACGCUGACGUAGACAACAACUGUAAGUCCUACUACACCUGUGUGGGUGGCGAGUUCGCUGGACACAACUUCUGCCCCUCCAGUCUUGUGUUCAACGAGAAGCUACAGUCGUGCGACUGGCCAAAGCAGACCCCACCCCCCUGUGGCACAAGCACUGGCACGUCCCCUUGAGCUGAGAGUGAGUCACGUGACAAGUGUGACGUCGUUGAAUUCUUGAAUACCGAUCUCAAGUUUUGCGCCAUUGUGGUUUGAGCGAAAGGGUGGGGGUAGCGGUUAACGUAAAACCUCUCGGUCAAUCUCUUCUUCCUG